UCUCAAAACUUUUCACGACCUGAAGACUGUUGAGACUCAAAGAAGGGAAGAGAGUGAGUGUUUCUCUUCUUCUUUAUUUUAGAGAAUCUCACACUGCACACAAGUUUUCCACACUUUCGCACGUUUUUCUCUCUAUCCAAACAUGGAUAUAACAAACAAUCUCCACCGCCUGGACCUCCGAUCCUCCUUCCUAACCACCUUCCAGCCCCGUCUCCGCUCAUUUUCCGCCGCGAAACCCUUCACCCCAAUGAAUUUCCGUAAGAAACAACUACAAAAGCUCAAAAUCACCGGCCAAGUAUCCACAACCACGCUCGAGAAAUCGCCGCCCAAGACCGCCCAAAACGACAUCGAGUCGUUGUUCUCAAAGGACUCCGAUGACGACAGCAAUGACUACAAGAAGCGUGGGAAUGGCAAACAAUCAAACGGCGCGUCGAGCGUGUCGUCCGGUGUCAAGUUGGAGAACAUAAGCAAGAGUUAUAAGGGCGUGACCGUGUUGAAAAACGUAACUUGGGAGGUUAAAAAAGGGGAAAAAGUCGGGUUGGUGGGUGUAAAUGGGGCGGGGAAGACCACCCAGAUGAGGAUAAUUGCGGGUCAAGAAGAACCCGAUUCGGGGAAUGUGGUGAGGGCGAAAAGUAAUAUGAAAAUUGCGUUUUUAAGCCAAGAAUUCGAGGUUUCAAUGACGAGAACGGUGAGGGAGGAGUUUAUGAGUGCGUUUAAGGAGGAGAUGGAGAUUGCCGGUCGGUUGGAGAGGGUACAGAAGGCGAUGGAGGGGGCAGUGGAGGAUAUGGAACUGAUGGGGAGGCUGUUGGAUGAGUUUGACUUGUUGCAAAGAAGGGCUGGGGACGUGGACUUGAGUGUGUUGGAUGCAAAAGUGAGUAAGUUGAUGCCGGAGUUGGGGUUUGCGCUGGAGGAUGGAGAUAGGUUGGUUGCUUCGUUUAGUAGUGGGUGGCAAAUGAGAAUGUCGCUCGGGAAGAUUUUGCUGCAGGAUCCAGAUUUGUUGCUUUUGGAUGAGCCUACAAAUCACCUUGACCUUGACACAAUAGAGUGGCUUGAAGGUUACCUCAGCAAGCAAGAUGUGCCAAUGGUUAUCAUAUCUCAUGACAGAGCUUUCCUUGAUCAGCUUUGUACGAAAAUUGUAGAAACUGAAAGGGGUGUGGCCAGGACGUAUGAGGGAAAUUAUUCUCAGUACGUCAUAGGAAAGGCAGCAUGGAUUGAAGCUCAGUAUGCUGCAUGGGAGAAGCAGCAGAAAGAGAUUGAACAGACAAAAGACUUGAUAAGCAGGCUAGGUGCAGGGGCGAAUUCUGGACGCGCUUCUUCUGCUGAAAAGAAGCUGGAGAGGCUUCAAGAAGAGGACCAAAUUGAGAAGCCAUUCCAACGGAAGCAAAUGAAAAUUAGGUUCCCAGAGCGAGGAAGAAGUGGAAGAUCUGUUAUCACAAUUAAGAAUCUGGAAUUUGGCUAUGGGGAUAAAAUGUUGUUUAACAGGGCAAAUCUUACAAUUGAAAGGGGAGAGAAAAUUGCCAUUAUCGGCCCAAAUGGUUGUGGUAAGAGUACUUUGCUGAAAAUGAUAAUGGAUUUAGAGAAGCCAUGUGGAGGUCAAAUUAUUCUUGGAGAACAUAAUGUCCUACUGAACUAUUUUGAGCAGAAUCAGGCUGAGGCACUUGAUUUGGAUAAAACAGUGAUUGAGACAGUAGCAGAAGUUGCAGAGGACUGGAGAAUUGAUGAUAUAAGGGGACUUCUUGGCCGUUGUAAUUUCAAAGCUGAUAUGCUUGACAGAAAGGUUUCCCUUUUGAGUGGUGGUGAGAAGGCACGCCUCGCCUUUUGCAAAUUCAUGGUAAAACCGUCAACUCUUCUUGUUUUGGAUGAACCAACUAAUCACUUGGAUAUACCUUCAAAAGAGAUGCUCGAGGAGGCUAUAAUGGAGUACAAUGGCACAGUCAUCACAGUUUCUCAUGAUCGAUACUUUAUAAAGCAAAUAGUUAAUAGAGUAGUGGAAGUUAAAGACUGCAAUUUACAGGAUUAUGCUGGUGACUACAACUAUUAUUUAGAGAAGAACCUUGAUGCCAGGGCAAGGGAGCUUGAACGUGAGGCAGAGCUCGAGGACAAGGCUCCUAAAGUCAAGGCAAAAUCAAAGAUGUCAAAGGCUGAGAAGGAAGCAAGGAAGAAACAGAAAAUGCAGGCCUUUCAGGCGGCAAAACAAAAAUCGAAAGGCCAGAAGAAUGCCAAGAGAUGGAAAUGAAUGCUUUCUUUUUUUUUUUUUCCCCAUCUUAUGCAUUUACCAAAAAGAGCAUCAUCCAUUUUAAAGCUGAUUCGGCUGUGCAUAACAAUAAUCUUAGGGGACAAAUGCAUACAAUUACGAUGAAAGAGCUAUUCUUGUGUAUAUAGUAAAAAAUUAAAGGUUGAAAUGGAAUUGUUGUGACCAAAAAUUUAUGCCUCGAGAAGAUGUAUCCGGUGGCAUAAACAUGAGUUCUCAAGUUGCAGUGAUGUUUAAGAAUUCAUGUAUUCAUGUUCUGUUCAA